GACUUUCACUUUCAUUUCUCUUCUGCUGUCAGCGAUGGCGUCUGGUGAUCUGAGAGCUGAGCUGGAAUGUUCCGUCUGUCUGAACAUUUAUACAGAUCCUGUAAUGCUGAGAUGUGGUCACAACUUCUGCCGGGACUGUAUUGAUCGUGUGCUGGAUACACAGGAGGGGUCUGGAGGAUAUUCCUGUCCUGAAUGUAGAGAGAAGUUUCCGGAUCGUCCUGCACUGCACAGGAACAUAACACUACGUAACAUAGUGGAGAAUUUCCUGUCUGCUCAGCCACAUCAGAAGGAGUCCGGGGUCUUCUGUACUCACUGUGUGGACUCUCCUGUACCUGCUGUUAGAUCCUGUCUGCUCUGUGAGGUUUCUCUGUGUGAUAAACACCUGAGAGUCCACAAACAGUCCCCAGAACACAUCUUAUGUGACCCCACCUUGUCCAUGGAGAGCAGGAAAUGCUCCGUCCAUAAGAAGAUCCUGGAGUAUUACUGCACUGAGGAUGAGACCUGUAUCUGCAUGUCCUGCUGUCUGAUUGGAGAACACACGGGACAUAAGAUGAAGUCACUGGGUGAGGCUUCUGAGAAGAAGAAGGAGACACUGAGGAAUGUUCUGCAGAAACUUCUGACAGAGAGAGAGGAGACGGAGGAAAGAGUCCAGAGUCUGCAGGAACACAGGAGGAAAGUAGAAGAAGAAGCAGCUGGUGACACCGAGAGAGUCACUGUCCUGUUUAGAGAUCUCAGGAGACGUCUGGAAGAUCUGGAGAAGAGAGUCCUGAGGGAAAUCUCCGGGAGGGCAGAGCGGAUCUCCAUCUCCAUCCGGGAUCUGGAAAUAAAGAAGGAGGAGCUGUCCAGGAAGAUGCGUCGCAUUGAGGAGCUGUGUAACAUGACGGAUCCACUGACUGUCUUACAGGAAUCAGACACAGGUGACUUGUGUGAUACUGAGGAUGGAGAUAAUGAGGACAGAGAGAGACAUGAGAAGCUCCUCCAUGAUGGAGGGGGUCUGGAAGUGGCUGGGAUAUCACACACAUUACACAGAGGUUUAUCUGAUAUAAUAACAGAGGUAAAUGUAUACUUCCCUAUACAGGGAGCUGCAGACAUAUUACUGGAUGUAAACACAGCUCAUAAUUAUCUCCAUAUAUCAGAUGACAGGAAAACUGUAUCCUGUUUAUAUAGUAAACAGAAGCACCUAGAAACACCAGAGAGAUUUCAGGAUCGUAUGCAAGUGAUAAGCAGUCAGAGUUUCUCCUUGGGGAGACAUUACUGGGAAGUGGAUGUCGGGGGAUCAGAUAAAUGGAGAGUCGGGAUGUGUUACCCCAGUAUAGAGAGGGGAGGAGAGCAGUCAGGGAUUGGAUGGAAUAACAAGUCCUGGGGUUUGCAGAGGUAUGAUAAUACAUAUGAGGUGAUACAUGAUAGUAAUAAGAUCCUCUUACCCACCAAUAUCUCCAGUAAGAGAGUCAGGAUAGAUCUGGAUUAUGAGGCCGGGCGGAUCUACUUUUAUGAUCUGUGUGACCCGAUCCGACACCUCCACACCUUCACCACCACCUUCACUGAGCCCCUCCAUGCUGGGUUACGUGUAUGGAGAGGUUGUGUAAAGAUAUGUGGGGGAAUGUCUGACUGGUGAUGUCACAAGGAGAAGAGAUGUGAUUGGUGGAAUUUUCGGCCAAUGGGAUAAGGCAGUGGGUGUGGUUUCAGUCAGUGCCCUGCAGGCUUUUCUACUAUGAAUAGUAAUACGUGAGAUUUAUUUAUUUGUCAUAGAUCACUGUGAUUGGAUGAAAUAUAUCCAAUUACCGGAAUAACAGUGAGUAACAUGUUGUUAUUGGUCAAUGAGAAAGAGUGUUCUAUCUAUCUAUCUAUCUAUCUAUCUAUCUAUCUAUCUUACUCUCUGCAGGGCUUUUUUUCUCAAACACUAGGUGCUGGAACUCAACCACGAUGCCCCAAAACCACUCCCCGCACCCACACCCUCCAAAUCACAUGAAAUACUGGGUGUAGUCAGUCAAAUUUCACGAACAGUAGAAGGGUCUUAAAAGUC